AUGAGAUCAGAAGAGAGGAUCGAAAGUGGGGGUUUGAUGGCGUCGGUGGGUAAGGAUUUGAUGGUGUUGGAUGUGUCUUGUAGUGGUCGGAGAUAUCACUGGAGUUUGGAGUCAGCUAGUAUGAGUGGUGGUUGUAUACUUUGCGGACAAUAUGAGUUGUCAAAAUUAGUUGAAAAUCCAAGAAACGCCCAUUUGAUCACGAAUAGAAUCCCAUUGUGUACAUAUCAUGGGCGGAUAAGGGUUUCAUCUUCUGCACCGAUUACUGCUGUUUGUCAAGAGGAGACAUGGUUCGACUCCGUGAGUAUCUUAGGAUCCGACUCCGAUGAUGACUUUAUUAGUGUUUAUGGAGAUUUCAUAUCAUUAGGAAAUGCAAACGAUCAGUGUCCAGAUAGCAACGAAAAUGAGAAGCUUUUCAUUAGCAGAAACGGAUAUAAAGAUUCAAAGGGGUCGACAGUUUUUGAUAAAAGCAUGUUAGACGAUGAUCUUUCUUGCUUAACGACUGUUUUUGUGCUUUCUGUGAACCAAAAACCUUCAGAUGGUGAUGAAAAAACCGAAAUUUGUCAAGCAAAGCGAUUCUUGUUUCGACCCAGGUCAGGACUUGUUGUUCCUGGAUCAAUGGAUGAAAAGCUGAGUCCAGGGUGUUGGUCGAUUGUUUCACCUUCGGUUUUUAAGCUUCGGGGUGAGAAUUUUUUCAGAGAUAAACGGAAGCACCCUGCUACAGAUUAUAGCCCGUAUGUUCCAAUUGGUGUCGAUUUGUUUGUUUCCAAUCGGAAGAUCGAUCAUAUCGCUCAGCAUGUUGAACUUCCUUGUGUUGAUGUUCAUAAGAAAGUACCUUCGUUGCUGAUUGUUAAUGUGCAGCUACCGACGUAUCCCGCUUCAUUCUUUCAUGGCGAUUCCGAUGGCGAAGGGAUCAGUCUUGUUCUAUACUUCAAACUCUCAGAAAACUUCGAUAAACAAGUCUCUCAUCGUUUUUGCGAAAGCAUUCAGAGAUUAGUGAUGGACGAGAUGGAAAUCGUGAAGUGUUUUACAAAAGAAUCAUUGGUUCCUUAUCGAGAAAGACUCAAAUUGAUGGCUGGUGUAGUCAAUCCCGAAGAUCUUCAAUUGAGUUCUGCAGAACGAAAGCUUCUAAACGCUUAUAACGAUAAACCAGUACUGUCACGCCCUCAACACGCAUUCUAUCGGGGACAUAACUACUUUGAAAUUGACCUAGAUAUACAUCGAUUCAGCUACAUUUCACGGAAAGCACUUGAUGCAUUCAGGGGACGAUUGAAACAUGGGAUUCUUGACAUUGGUUUAACGAUUCAGGCACAACAUCCUGAAGAACUACCGGAGCAAGUUUUAUGCUGUGUUAGGCUUAACAAGAUCGACUUUUCUGAUUAUGGUCAAAUCCCAAGAAUUUUAAUACCAAAUAUUGAUUAAUGUUACAGAAAAACGAGUCGCUUUAUUCUUUUAUAACCAAAACGUCACUUGUUCAAGUCAUUGAAAGAGUCUUCUGUUCACGAGUGAGAAGAACAUUGUGUUGAUUCUUUAGUACAAUUCUUGAGGGAUUCUAAUGCGCUGAAAGCAAUGCGAAUGACUUAAUGUUAUUAUGUUGUUUUUCAUUUCGAGAGAAAUCAUGAUUUGAUCGAUUUCGAUUAAGAGAACCAAAGAGGUCCAUAUUCCAUAAUUCAUAGUACUCACUAUACCAUAUUAAAAAAAAUUGUUUCAUAAUAUGCUAACAGAAUGUUUGUUGAAGAAAAAGUUCACACCAGUUACUGUUUUCCCACUUCAUUUGCACCGUGGAUGCAAUUGGGAUACAGGGUAUGUGAAACUUGAAAUACACAUUAUCAUUCAUAUACUUGUUUAAUCA